AGAUCAUUUUAGCUUUUUUUUCAUCAGGUGUGCAGUUUGAAAGCCUAUAGCUGCCGCCCUGGGAGGACAUUUUAUCAGUGCUUCUAAUAUGUGACAGAGCAAGAUGUUAAUCCAUGCGACUUAAAUAUUUGUAGGGAUCAAGGCGGAGAAUUUAACACGCACAUUAAACCCCAUUACUUCAUCUGCACGGAAGAUUUGAAUUUUUUGUUUCCUUGCUCACUGGAAUUGUCAUUUUGUGUCUGUGCAGUCCGGGCAAUUUUUUCCCCCCUUUCAGCUCACUUGAAAAUGGACAGGUCAUCAUAUGAGUCAUGUGUGAGAGCAGUUUGCCGCUUGAUGAGAGAUGCGCGGAUUUACAGGGCACUGUUAUAAAAAGAUUCAGCAUGUUUUCACAUUUCUAUCGUCCCCAGUGUUUCGUCCGCUGCAGUAGCCAGGGGAUGUGCGCUGCCUCAGAAGAGUAAAACAGGCGAAGGCACUUGUUAGAAUCACUGCUUUCACGCCAUGGUAUAAUUUACAUGCACUAGAGCUAUUCGUCAUUCAAACACUUUUUCUGGACAUUUCAAUAAGAUGAUUCAUUUGGAACAUUUUUGCUGUCUUCUCUGACGUGCGUUCCUGUGCGUAAUUAUCAAAGUCUUUAUUCAGCUGAGAAAAAUUCAACAGGUACAAUGCAAACCAAGGACAUGGAAUUAAUACAAUCAGUUGCUGUGUUCCUUCUAUUUUGGGUUGGGGCUGGGGCUGUUAUCAACCUAAAGUAUGGAAUAAACGAGGAGAUGAAGCCCGGUUCAGUUAUUGGAAACGUGACAAAGGACGCACUAAAGCAAGGAUUUCAGAUUGCACCGCAGCCCCCAUACUUAAGGGUUAUUUCCAAUUCAGAACCACGAUGGGUGGAACUCAGUCCAGCCGGAAUCCUUACAACCCAAAUGAAAAUAGAUCGGGAUGUAGUUUGUCGACAGAACCCAAAGUGCAUUAUUUCACUGGAGGUGAUGUCAAACUCUAUGGAGAUCUGUGUCAUCAAAGUUGAGAUUGAGGAUUUGAACGAUAACGCACCCAGAUUCCCAACGAGCCACAUUGACAUUGAAAUUUCUGAGAAUGCCUCCCCGGGUACCAGGUUUCCCCUAGAGGGGGCAAGCGAUCCGGACUCGGGGAUCUUUGGAGUGCAGUCAUAUUCCAUCACCCCAAAUGAGCUUUUCGGACUAGAAAUAAAGACCAGAGGGGAUGGGUCUAAAAUUGCGGAGCUUGUUGUGCAAAAAUCGUUAGACAGAGAGACACAGUCCCACUAUACGUAUGAAAUCAGCGCAGAAGAUGGAGGAGACCCUCCAAAGAUAGGCGCGGUCCAGUUAAAUAUAAAGGUGAUUGAUUCUAAUGACAACAACCCUGUUUUUGACGAGCCCGUUUAUACAGUUAAUGUGAUGGAGAAUUCCCCCAUCAACACAUUAGUCAUAGACUUGAAUGCAACGGAUCCUGACGAGGGCACUAAUGGAGAGGUUGUGUACUCGUUCAACAGUUACGUCACUGAGAAAACGAGGGAUGCGUUCAAAAUUGACCCUAGAACCGGGAUCAUCACUGUCAACGGUGUUUUGGAUUAUGAAACAACACAGAUAUACGAGAUCGACGUCCAGGCUAAAGAUUUAGGUCCCAACUCUAUUCCAGCUCAUUGCAAAGUCACGGUGAAUGUGAUGGAUACGAACGACAACCCACCUGUCAUCAGUUUACUCUCACUGAACACAGAGAUGGUGGAAGUUAGUGAAAACGCGCAGCGUGGAUAUGUCAUUGCGUUAGUGAGGGUGUCAGAUAAGGAUUCUGGUGCAAACGGCAAAGUGCAAUGCAGGCUGCAGGGUAAUGUCCCGUUCAGACUGCAAGAAUAUGAAAGCUUCUCCACUAUACUUGUUGAUGGCAGGCUGGACAGAGAGCAAAAGGACACAUACAACCUGACUAUCCAAGCGGAGGACAGUGGCACCCCUCCUUUACGUGCCACAAAGUCUUUGGUAGUGAAAGUCACAGAUGAAAAUGACAACCCUCCACACUUCCUCAAGCCACACUAUCAAGAGAUGGUGAUGGAAAACAACCUCCCUGGUUCGUGUCUGCUAGCAGUAUCAGCGGAAGACCCGGACCUGGGGAUGAAUGGCACAGUUUCUUACUCCAUAGUCCCUGGUGAGAUUAAGCACAUGGAUGUAAACACAUAUGUGAGCAUAAACCCUUCGGGCCGCAUUUACUCCAUGCGAUCAUUCGACCAUGAAUACACCAGGACUUUUGAUUUCAAAGUUUUGGCUAGAGACAAUGGUAAUCCCUCUUUAUCAAGUAACGCCACUGUGCGUAUUGUGGUGUUGGACGUCAAUGACAACACACCUGUUAUGACAAACCCCCCUUUGGUUAAUGGCACAGCGGAGGUUUCCAUCCCAAGAAACGCCGGGGUGGGUUACAUGGUGACCCAGGUGAAAGCAGACGACUACGACGAGGGGGAGAACGGGCGGCUCACCUACACCAUCUCAGAGGGGGACAGGGCUUUCUUUGAAAUCGACCAGGUGAACGGAGAGGUGCGCUCCACCAGGAUGUUUGGAGAAAACGCCAAAUCCACCUAUGAGAUCACAGUGGUGGCGAGGGACCACGGCAAGCCCUCCCUCUCUGCCUCGGCCUACAUCGUGGUGUACCUCUCACCAGACCUGAACGCGCAGGAACCUAUUGGACCUGUCAACCUGUCCCUCAUCUUUAUCAUCGCCCUGGGCUCUAUCGCGGCUAUCCUGUUUGUCACCAUGAUUUUUGUGGCAGUCAAGUGCAAGAGGGAUAACAAGGAGAUCCGGACGUACAACUGCAGGGUGGCGGAGUACUCAUAUGGCAACCAGAAGAAGUCCAGCAAGAAGAAGAAGCUGAGCAAGAACGACAUCCGCCUGGUUCCACGAGACGUCGAGGAGACAGACAAGAUGAAUGUGGUGAGUUGCUCGUCUCUCACCUCUUCGCUCAACUACUUCGACUACCACCAGCAGAGCCUGCCACUGGGCUGCAGGCGGUCCGAGAGCACCUUCCUCAACGUGGAGAACCAGAACUCACGCAAUGCAGCUCCCAACCAUGGCUAUCAGCACCCGUUCACUGGGCAGGGCCACCAGCAGCCAGACCUCAUCAUCAACGGCAUGCCACUGCCAGAGGGGCCCUGCCCUCUCUACAGGAAGAGGGAAAUCUAUAAUCUAGCAGAUGGGAGAGGAUCUAUGGGAAAUUCUAUAAUCGGGAAGAAGGUGGUGAUGAUGGUCCUCGGGGUGGAGAGCAAACGGGUGGUGGCGGUGGAAGCCCAUGGCAGCUCAGGGGCCCGAAGUGGAGUCCACGAGUGA